AUGGCGUCCGAAGGAGCAUCAAUCAAGCUCUACACCAACCACGGGUGCCCAUGGGCUCACCGCGCCCACAUUGUCCUGGCGGAGCUCGGCAUCCCCUUCGAGGAGGAGAUCAUCGACCUCGCCACUCCCCGUACUCCGGAGUACCUCAAGGUCAACCCGCGCGGCCUGGUCCCGUCCCUUUCCUACAACGGCGAGAUCAUCACCGAGUCCGCGGUCGUCGCGCAGUUUCUCGCCGACAAGUAUCCGUCCCACCUCCUCCCGGCCUCGUCCGACCCCAAUGGACCGUUGACCAGGGCCCGCAUCAACUUCUUCGUCGAUGCGUGGUUCAGCAAGGUCAACAGCUUCUGGUUCAAGGCCCUCUUUUCCAAUACGGCGGAUGAGUCCAACGAGAAUGCGGAGGAGCUCGUCAAGGGCGUCGUCAAGGAGAUUGAGCCCCUGUUGAAGGAUGCAGGGCCCUUCUUUGGUGGGAGCAGCAAACUAACCCUCGCCGAGGCUCUAACCGCGCCAUUCGUUUUGCGCAUCAAGACGUAUGCCAAGCACGGCCUGCUUCCAGCCAGCCUGACAAAAGAUCUGCAGGAGAAAACACCUAAUUUCCACAAGUGGUCGGAGGCAGUGGUUGCCUCCCCGAGCGUGACGAAGAUCUUUGAUGUGGAUGCGAACGUGGCCAGGACCAAGCAGAGAAUUGAAAGGGCGAGAGCUUAA